UCUGAGUAGUAGUAUUACUGAAUGAUCAAUGAUCACUUUUCUGUUUUUACAUCAUCAGAGUUAUCAAACGCUCCCCUUUCCCGCCAGAGCAGAGGAGCAGAGCUGCCACCCAUGGGGGGCCAUGCCGUGGCCGCCGCCGACCUCUCCCGACCGCUCUGCGCCGCCGUCAUCAAAUCCUCCUUCCGCCCCCACCUCCCGCUCCUCGCCGCCGCUCCCGCGCUCCUUGCAUCACUCCUUCAACGCCUCUCACCGCUCCCUUCCGCCGCGCUCGCCUUCUUCCGCGCCCUGCCGCCGCCGCACCCGCUCGACGCCUCCCUCGCGCUCCUCCGACUCCUCGCGCCGCACCCGCGCCACCACCCAGCUGCCCGCGACCUCCUCCGGGACCUCUCCCUGCGCCACCCGCUCUCCUCCCCGCUCAUGCUCCCAUCCCUCCUCGCCGACCACGACCCCCACGUCCCCAGCUGGCUCCUCCUCCUCCUCUCCCAGUCGGCACGCCCCGACGACGCCGUCCGGGUGUUCGACCAAAUGCGCGCCCGGGGCCUCGCCCCCGACGCCCACGCCUGCACCGCACUCCUCACUGCGCUCGCCAGGGCCCGGAUGACGGCCACCGCGCGCAGGGUGUUCGACGAAAUUGCCAGGGCCGGGGUCGCCAUCAAUACCCACGUGUGCAACGCCAUGCUGCACGUGUGCCUCAAGGCUGGGGACGCCGCACGUGCCGAAGCGCUCAUCACCAGGAUGGACGCGGCUGCUGUGCCCUUGGACCACUUCUCUUUCAACACCAUCAUCGCCCUCUACUGCAGGAAGGGGAUGAGGUACGAGGCCAUGUGCGUGCGGGAGCGCAUGCAAAACCAAGGGAUACAGGCGGACACCGUCACAUGGAACUCCUUGAUCCACGGGUUGUGCAAGGACGGCAGGGUGAAGGAGGCAGCUCGGCUGCUUACUGAGAUGAUUGCAGCACAGGUUCUGCCAGACAAUGUCACCUACACCACACUCAUUGAUGGGUACUGUCGGGCAGGCGAUAUCGGGGAGGCGGUCAAACUACGAGAGGAGAUGGAGGCGAGGGGGAUGCUCCCAGGGGUCGCCACCUACAAUGCCAUUCUCAGGAAGCUCUGUGAGGAUGGCAACAUCAAGGAGGUCAAUCAGUUGCUUAAUGAGAUGGAUGGGAGGAAGGUGCAGGCUGAUCAUGUCACCUGCAACACGCUAAUCAAUGCGUACUGCAAAAGAGGGGAUAUGACUUCAGCAUGCAAGGUCAGGAGGAAGAUGUUAGAGUCCGGGCUGCAGCUGAAUCAGUUCACCUACAAGGCUCUCAUCCAUGGAUUCUGCAAGGCCAAGGAGCUGGACAAAGCCAAGGAAGCCUUGUUUGAGAUGGUCGAUGCAGGUUUUUCACCCAACUAUAGCGUAUUCUCAUGGCUUGUUGAUGGUUUCUGCAAGAAGAAUAGCGCAGAUGCAGUACUACUCAUCCCUGAUGAGCUUACGAGAAGAGGCCUUCCACCAGAUAAAGCAGUAUAUAGGUCGCUAAUUCGAAGGCUUUGCAGAAAAGGCUUGAUUGACCAGGCACAAAAUGUGUUUGAGCAGAUGCAAGGCAAAGGUUUAGUGGGUGACAGUCUAGUGUAUGCCACACUUGCCUAUGCAUAUCUGACUGAAGGAAAGCCAGCUGCCGCUUCGAAUACUUUGGAUGACAUGGCGAAGAAUCAUCUGCACAUAACGCCCCAGAUAUACAACUGCAUGUGCACGACUUAUGCUGAUGAGAAGGAAACCCUUAAUAUGUUGUGGGCUCACUCUAUCGAGAGAGGCCUAAUAAAGAAGAGUGUUUACAAAUUGCUGCACCAAGCAAGGCUGCUGGAAUCAACGUAACCUGCAGUUGAGACUGGGGGGCAUGCUCCUGCUCCAAGGCCAGACUAUGUAGAGGCUAAACUUGAUUGAUACUUGAGUGCAGAGUUACAGUUCUAUGUCCAUUUGGUCCCUUCAUGAUUUUCGAUCGUACCAGCGCUGUAAUGAAGUUAGGUAAUUAUGUGCUC